GCGAGCAGUUCGUUACAUUUAUUUUGCUACUGUGUUAGAUUUUCUAAAUUGACGUUAUUGUUUAAAUUAUAUCAGUGCCAGUAAAUACAACUCGUUUCUCUGUAGAUAUUAUAGCAACAUUAUUUUUUUUUUUUUUUAUUAAUUUAUUGCCGGGCUUGCACUUCACGAACAUUUGCAUCUAUUCUAUUUUAAAAUAAAUUUGGUUUUGUGUGAUGAAAAUCAAUCAAUAUUGAUUUCAUCAAUUUCAUGUUUGCUUAUAUCAAACUCGUUUCGCCGGAUAAAAAUUUUGAUACGGUCGAGACGUCACGUAACCCAAAAUACCGUGUACCGAUUGAUAAAAAGAAGCAAUAUAAGGUGGCUUGUGGGGAUACAUUCAGAAAAGCUCUUAUUAUUUAUGUUGAGGAGACUUUAGAGGCCCUCAACAAAUGAAUCUCCGCAUAGUGAUUUUGACCUCAAGGAAAAAAAAAAGAAUAUUGAGUCAAUGGACAUUAAAAGUAUUCUUGAACAAAAACUUUCCUUGAAAAAUAAAGAAAUAGUGGACAUGGAUCUGAAACUUGAUAAUAUAAAUACUAAAGAAAAUGACGGUAAUUCAAUAAAUACAAAUUGUAACACGAAUGAACAGUUAUCUUUUGAUAUCGGAACGAAUGAUGAUAAUGCAAAACUACAUUCAAAGAGUGAUGAUAAAAUUGAAACGCAAGAACAAGAAAAUACUAAGAAAUUUAAAAUUUUGAAACAGACUCUGUUAAGCAAGGAAUUUAAAUCAGCGGUGGAAGCGAAUGAAAAAGAUCUAGAUAGAGAAAAAACUGAUUUACAAGUCACUGAUGAUGAAUCUAUCAUAAUACCUGAUGAUAAUGAAAAAUGUCUGAGUGCUAAAAAAAGAAAAAAGUCAGAAAAAAAGAAGAGGAAGCAUAAUAAAAAACAUAAAAAAAAUGAUACUUCGAAGACGGAGCUAAUUGAUGAGACGAUUAAUAAUCAAUCGAAAAAUGUUAUCAUUGGAAACAAUAGUGAUCCAGAAAUAAAUAAGAUUUUUGUUGAUAAAAAUUCUAACAUCGAAUUACAAAAUAAUGAUGCUGGUAAUUCACACAUUAUGACAAAAGAAACUCGAGUGACAAAUCAAUAUCACAGCAGAACUAACAAGAGCCAAAACAGCAAUUCAAAUGUAAAUGACCAACUGAUUCGAAUGAAUGCAACUUUACCAAGCUUACAAGAACAAGUUGUAGAUCUGAAAAAAUCUAUUGUUGCUAUGGAAGAGUUUGUUGUAAAAAAGCUAACGACCAAUGACGAAAAUUGGAAACAAUUAAAAAAUGUACAGUCAAAAUCAAAAGAUGACAGUGCUAUGGAUUUGAUUAAUAUCAAUCGGCCUCCAGAUGUUGGUUAUGUUUGGCUAGAUGAUGGAAUGAUACACUUAGGUGAAGGUGUGUGGUUGCCUAAAGCAAUAUAUGACAAUGCAGUGUAUAAUGCUAGUACGAACGCAAUGUUCGUAAAGAAUAUUGCUGUUGCUAUGUUUGGAGACCAGUACCUUAGGGAGCAUAGUGUGAAAGGAAAGAGUUGCAACAAAACCAAAAGUACUCCCAGACCUGCUAUUGAUCCCACAAAAGCAAUUGCAAUUUACGAAAUCUUUAAAUAUUAUUUAAAAAAUAAUAAAAAUAUGGAUGGUCAAAAAUUAAUCAAUGUGGCCUCUCUAUAUGAAGAACAUAUUAGGAGUAAAAUAUCAGAUUUACUUCGACCACCGAGGCAACCGAAAAAAAAGGAUCUACGAUUCAGACAUAAACAACAUUUAAAGAUGUUGUUUCUACAGCGGGAACAUCUUUGGCACAAACUACCCCACCUACUGCCAUUGAAAAAAUUCAAGCUGACGAUUCGUCAUCUGGAAGCUCUUCAGGCGAGUCAAAUGACGAAUCAUCUCAAGACGAAGAAGCCCCAGGGUAUUAAAAUUGAGUUAAAAAAAACAUCAAAUUAAAAAAGA